AUGCCUACACUCUCGAACGCGCCAAGUCGCGGUCGCUUAGGACUAGCGAAGCGCAGGCGCGGACGUCCAGCGAACACGGGCCCCUUGCAAGAACGUAUGAUUGUGGGGGAUGUUGGCGUAUAUCGCGCGCUGAAGUCACGACACGCACCACAGAAAGACGUCACUGAAGCCAUUGAUCUCGAAGCUAGAAAGCUCAUUGGACGAUUCGGCUGGAAGGAUCCACUACGCGCAUGUGCAGAGAAGGAGACCCAAGAGGGUGAUGGCGAUUCGGUGGAUGAGGAUGAGCAGAAGCGCCGGGAUAAGACUUUCAAGCAAGUUCGCGGGGAAGUGAACAAGCUCUGGAGGAACAAUCUAUCCGUGAAAGCUGAUGCGGACCUGAAGCCUUCAACCGAAAUCGUUGAGUUGAUCAAGAUCUUCGCGCGCAAACCUCGUAAAAAGCACCUGUAUAAACUUUGGGCGACAUCGAAAGCCCGUCCAGAGCUUGAGGCUGCGGUGGAUGAACGCCAUGCAGCCGUCACACAGAGUGUGAAGCCGGGGUCCGCUCCUCCUCCUCGUGUAGCAACUUGGAGUGCAGUGGCAGCCGAAUGGUAUAAGGCGGCGAGCGCUCAUGAGAAGGAGACGACUCGCCGAGAGGCGAACUUAGUGCACAGGGAGGCCAUGAAGAAGUGGGAAGCGAGCGCUUCUGCGUUGCCGAAAUCCCGCGAAGAAGCGAUAAAGUUUAUGGAAGCAUCCCAGACGUUCUUGAGUGACUUGAUGCAUUUCUUCGCCAAUCGCGCAUCUGGAAUGGCGAUCAUGUUUUUGAGCGGCCCCUGCGGUGCAAGCCUUGUGUCGGAAGGCGUAUGCAAUGUCAUUGGGCAACCCAAACUGCUGUAUACGGAGGUGAAUCCGGGCGGGUGCGAUUUCUUCAAGUACGAGUUGGACAAACAGGUGCGCAUAUUGAACGAGACUAAAUGGGGUCAAGAUCUUGAGUUCGGCUCUCUGCGUAGCUUGACGAGUGAGUGUCCGAACGAAGACGGAGACGAAGAAGCGAACGGUGAAGAUGACGGUGACGGUGACGAUGAAGAUGACGACGAUGCCGAUGACGAACCAGCCGCCGCCGCGACCACCGCCACCGUUGCUACCGCCACCGCCACCGUCACCGACGACGACGACGACGACGACGACGACGACGACGACGACGAUAGUGAUGAGGAAGAAGUCAACCGCUAUGCAAAUGAAAAGGGAGUCGAGUAUUUGCUGCCUCCGGCGCUCAUCGAUGCUACCCAUAUACAACCAGAGUGCGACAAGGACGAAGAGAGAGGGCCAGAUGUAACCCCAGUGGUCGACCCAACUAUCGCGGACAUGCACGUACCUGCGCACAGCGAACCAUCGCGAAGCGCUAUAAGCGGGGAGCACAGUACCGUAACUGCAUCCUCGUUUUCAUUUCACGUUCUGGAGCGAUGCCCUCAACAAAGUGUCUCAAUGGCAGAGUACCAACAUAAGUUUCGUGUCGCACUGGCCAGAAUCCUGCCGCACAAGAUAUGGCUAGAAGAAUCCAACACGGUAAACUUCCUCAGAGCGGUACCAACCAAACUCUCGGAUCGGAUAGACGUCAGCAUAGCGUACGAGCUGAGCCUAGCCUAUCUGGCGUAUGAGUCAAGCAAUGCGAAUGAGAUAUCUCUAUCGUUGAAGACGGCGCGGAGGGUUGACGGUCAGGAGGGAGAGGCAAAGCCAAGUUACAUCCACGACCUGUCUCUGAGAGACUUCAAAUCCCGAUGGAACGCCAGAGCAGAUGAUGCUACUAGAACGCCUGCGAAGUUAGACGCCGAUGUUAACAUCACCUUACCCCGUCAGUGGGCGCUCUUGCAGCCAGCAGCACGCAUCGAUGAGCAAGGGCGAAUAUGCAUUCUCGCUGACGCGCAGAUGGACUGGAAGGGCGCCCUGUUACCAGGCUUGGAUGGGGUGCGUCUUCUGGUCGUGACGGCGUUAGUGUGGGCAUGGAGUAUCAAGGGGGAAGAGGAACGUACCGAGUGGUCUAACUUGGCCCUCGACAUGACCUCCGUUCUCCAGAUACUGACCGUCCAGGUUGGCGUUCGGGAUGUUGGAGGGCUUUCGGUAGCGCAAGGUAUCGACGGAUAUUUAAAGAGUCGUAAGUCGACGCGCAAAGGGUGA